AUGUCGCUACUUACCUUGAAGACAUGGCCAUCAAUAGUUGCCCUGGUGGUAGCUGCUGCGCCCCGAGGAGCAUUUGCGCAGAUAGUGGCCAAUAUAACGUGUCUUUCUUCCUUUGGUUGGAUGAACAACAGUCGUGAUCAGAACCCGUGCUUAGUUACUGCCUACCUUGGGAGCCCCUGCUCUGGUGGAAGCUAUGAAAUCAUUGCUAUCCCUGCGGGUACUCAAUAUUCAGGUCCCCCGCUCGAUGGAACAAAUCCUUGCCAAUGCAGUUCAGUAACCUAUUCAAUGACAAGCGCGUGUGGUGUCUGUCAGGGCCUCAUUCCUGUGACCUGGAGUUCCUGGAAAACAUACUGCUCACCAGCUUUUACUCAAUUAUACCCCACGAUCAUUCCGACCGGCACUGCAGUUCCAAAUUGGGCUUAUCUGGAUGUCGUAACCAGUAACAUUUUUAACGCUACUGCAGCGCAGCUGGAUGGAGAUUUACCGGAAUCUAAUGCAACCACGCCACUAUCCACUGCUAGCGCAUCCACUACUAGCGCAUUCACUACUAGCGUAUCCAAGUUGACCACAAGCACAGAAUCUUCAACGCCUAAUUCGAAGAGCUCGAACGUUGGGGCUACAGCUGGGGGUGUUGUCGGAGGAAUUGUCGCAGUUGGGGUCAUCGCAGGUCUUGCAACAUGGUUCUUCAUCAGGCGCCGUCGCUCUCACAGAACGGCCUCAGCCGAUUUUAGCCAACCUCAAAUGACGCAGCCUCCGCGAAUCUAUGAUCCCGCAGAUCCGAGCACAUUCCCGCCGCCAUUGUACUCUACCAUACAAACCACCGCGUCGUCCACCAACCAAGAAUCAGCCAACUCACAGGGCUUUUCACAGCAAUCACGUCCUGGGCAGUAUAAUGGUACACCGGAGGUCUGA